UCGGUCUCCCGAGGCCGCGUUGCAACAGUUACCACCUCUCUCGCGUGACACACCCGAACGCCGUUGCCCGGGCAUCCGUUGGCCGAGCGACCAGUCUGCGGCUCCGGCGGCGUCUCACCUGCGGCAGCGGGGCCAGCGCCUGGUGUCAAGUCUGCCGGGGGCCAGCAGGACGGUGAAUGCAAAACAGACCCAGCGGGCUCCAUGGGUAACAGCUACAGCGAGACGGGGCUAAACCGAGCCGUUCACGAUGUGUCAGUGAGGAAGGCCAGGAGAAUCUGCCACGACAAGACUGGGACAUGUCAGAGAGUUCCUCAGGUGUGAACACGCUCAGUGGCAGUUUUCCCAAAUCCCAUUCGUCCCAGUACUCUGACCUCGGUGUUGCACGCACACCUCUCUCUGUGGACCACAGUCCUGAUUCUGGACUAUUAUCUACACCUCUUCCAUCAAAUCGGUUCCGAUUCCUGCCGUGGCAUCGCCUGGAGCAGUGUGACAUCACAGGUGACCAGCUGACCUGCCCCAGGGUCAGAGAAGGGCCAUCAGAAGAAGAGCUGUUUCAAGGAGAGGGGGAUGACAUCUGUUUGGUGAGAGGGAGGAGGAGGAGGAGGAGAGAGGAGGAAGGACAGCGAUGGGAGGAGAGACUGCAAGAAAAUUGGGAAAACUGUGUGGAGUUAAAUCUGUCCUACCAGGACUUGGGUGAUCCCUUCCAGAGAGAGAAUUUCUUCCGGAUCCUCCGCCGGUUGAUCCGUGUGGAGAAACUACAACUGGUUGACAACUCUCUCGUCAACCUGAGUUCUGUACGUCUGCCAAGGUGCAAAAUGCUAAACCUGCACCGUAACCACCUGGUGUGUCUGCGUCAGCUGCCAAAGCUCCCAGCAGUGGAGCACCUUUGUCUGUCUGAGAACGCCAUCGGCUCCCUGGGGGGACUGAGAGCUCUGGAGAACAGCCCGCUGCGCUCCCUAAACCUGACCCGCAACCCAGUGACCUUCACUCAAGACUACCGUGCACGUGUUUUCUCCUGUUUGCCAAAGCUUGAGGUCCUGGAUGGAAUCCCCAAGUUGCCAGAAGACUCUCUGCCCACCAGACUGCAGUUCCCGGAAACCACCAGGAUGUGCAACAUUUUGUGACAUUCUUCCAUUGAUGGAUGUGUACACUGACUCAUAUCUCCCAGUCCUGUUUGCAGCCAUUACGAAAGCAAUGGCAAGGCUUCAGCAAUGAAUUCCACUCUUUGAAAUUGCACGGAAGGUUUCAUUGAUCUCUUCGGAGGGAAGCCAACUGGUAUUCAGUUACUUACACAAACUGUGUCACACUGUUGAAAAUACUGUCAGAAACACUGCAACGGUAACGUGCCCCAGUGUCAUGUAAAGUGCAUUUUAUAUAAAACAAUAUAUUAAUUGAAUUUUUUAAACUUACAUUUUUUCUUUAUAUAUGGGAACUUAGGUAAU